UCCUUCGUCUCCAUCUCGCCGCCCUCAAAACCACCGCUGCAUCCAACGGGCCUCAAACAACCCGCUCACCGACCAUCCCUCCAUCGCCCAAACCGCCUCCUGCACUAGCAAUGGAUCUCCAGCCAACCUCGCGGGCUCUUCGUCUGCUGACGGCCGCGGUGCUCUCCGCGACCCUGUUUGCGCUGUUCCCGUUUGCCACCUCGGCCCUGAAGAAUGGGACUGGCCUGCCGAACGAAAUCUCGCUGAUCGUCAGCAACGUCUGGAGUCUCUGUACUCUGGCCGACUACAUUACCGGAAUGAGUCUGGUUCUGCCCUAUCUUGUCUGUCUUGGCCCGACACCCUGGACAGGAACACUCUGGUGCAUCCUGGAGCUGCUGCUGGGCACCCCGGUGCUGCUGAUCCGCGGCAUCGCUCGUCUGGCUCUGCAUUCCACCGUCGCCGAGGCCAUUGUGCCGUUCGCAGCGGGCACGGCCACCUCGCCCAACCGGCCCGGCACGGUGCUGCUGCGAUGGAGCGCCGGACUCUUGGCCGUUGUCUUCACCGGGGUCUGCAGCUAUGCCCUGGCCACGGAGUCGAUCUCGGUCGGCUGGGGCUUCAUCCGGACGCAUCCGUCCUCGCUGCUGCUGUUUGCCCUGCAGCUCUCAGGCGUCUUGUUCACGGCCAUGUACAUCUGGAUCCGCGAGCGAAACAACCUGUGGAUGGCGAUUCCGACACUAAUCCUGCUCGUCUUUCUGGGUAACGUUGUGACGGCUGUCUAUGUCCUCCUGGCAAGCAUCGGAGCAACCUCGGUCCAGGAUGCGCUCUUGGUCCGCAGAAGCGUUCUUGGACGCAGCCGCCGGUUCUACUACGAGCAACUUGACGAGGAGUAGCCAGCCAGCCAGCCAGCCAGCCAGCCUCGACCGGGAUGAGAUCCGUCCCUUGCUUGCUGCGGAACGAGGCCGCAUACCUCGCCAGUGGUCGACCGCACGGUCUCGGCCUGGAGUUCUUUGCAGCUGUGGUUCUCACCAUUGCUUCUUGAAUAUACAUCGUGUUGAGAAAAA